AUGAGCGAACGAAUUAUUGUAUUUACUGCCGUAGAAUGUGUGAUACGUGAACAAGAAGCACUGGCUGGAUGUCCCCAUGUGGCUGAAAUGAUCAGUGAGUACUUGGACUCGUCGCACAAAUGGGUGAUUGAAAGUGCUGCCUGUGCCGGAUACAUGACGUUGCUUAAACGUUUGGGCAAGAAAGAGUUGCCAAUAUCACCACGAGAGCUUGAUUGGGCUUUACGUAAUGCUGCAGACCGUGGGGAUCUUCGUGUCGUCAAGUGGUUGACUGCGUACCAACCCGACAUGGAGUGCUCGACCCAAGUGAUGGACUCGGCAGCUCUGCGUGGUCAUCUAAGUAUUGUCAAGUGGUUGCACCACUACCGUGAUGAAGGUUGUACGACUGCAGCCAUGGACAGUGCCGCCGCUUACGGUCGACUGGAUGUGGUUCAAUGGUUGCAUGAAAACCGUUCCGAGGGCUGCACUACCGCUGCUAUGGAUAGUGCAGCUGCUGGAGGAUACCUUAAGAUUGUGCAAUGGCUCACGACUAACCGCAAAGAAGGCUGCACAAGUAUUGCAUCGCAUUUUGCGCUUCUCAAUGGCCACAUGCACAUCCUACGAUGGCUGAACGAGCAGAAUCUGGAGGUGCAAAACGCUGAUCGGACGAUGGGUGCACGCUCACCGGUGCACUCGUCUCGUAGAGAACGACGACUGAGUGCCACUCUGUUGGAAACGCCACGGCAUCGCCCUCGUCGGCUGAGUACGGGUCUGUCGUGCCGGAACUGA